CUUCAUUCUUCGCCAUCCACCAUCAUCUCACACAUUCCAUCAUCAACCUCGAGUUGCAUCUCCCUCCCACAUCACAGUCAUUUGAUCUUUCUCGCAACGCUGCUUGCCUCCAUCUAUCUCUAUCUCGGCCAGCGUCGUCCCUCUUUCACGCACCUCAACGACACUUUCACGCACCUCAACGUCGCUUUCACGCACCUCAACGUCACUUUCACGCACCUCAACGCCAUGUCUUCACGUCCCUCCAUCUUGAAGCUUCCUGCCGAGCUCCGAAACAAAAUCUACCAGGAAUACUUUACCGUCCAAGGUGGCUACGUCUUCAACUUCGACUCGCGAAAACUGGUGGCGGCUAAUGGUCGCCCCAUCGACCUCGCCCUAAUGUACACCUGCCGGCUUAUUGCAGAGGAUACAAAACACAUUCCGAUCACUCUGAAUACCAUCACCUUCUCCACGGCCAACUCUGAAAACUGGGUUGAGGAAGCAGCUUUCUUUCAUAAUGCGUUAAACCAAUUAUGCUACUCUGAGAAAGUUCGUCUGGAGCAGGCCCGACACCUGUUGGCCCCAGACAUCGUCUCUCAAAUCACGCAGAAGUUCCCUGAUUUUGCUCCAUGCAUGCGUCAGAUAUUGUCCCCGGGCCUUCCUCAUGACCUAAUAACUUCUCGUUACGAUAAAUCACCCACCUAUCACCGAAGAGCUUUUUUGUAUUCGUUACAGCUUCUUGAUCGUCAAAAUUGGGGCUAUGACUAUAUCGAAGAACUUGGCAGCCUGGCCGUCUCCCCUAGGUCUACCAUAUUUCAGUGUAUUGACGGAUUAAGUCUUCCUCGUGUGCCGUGGGCUUUUGUCGAUGACGACCGCCUUACAAGACUGUGUCAUCGUUUUGCACAUAGGGUCUUACAACCCAUUGACGGUCUGCAAUACCGGUAUUCCGCAGCUGCUGUUGCAAUCCGCUUUCUGGACUCCAUCCCUGCUAGCAUGCGCCUUAAGAUACGGAAUAUCGUGUUACACGAAGAUCGUCGAGCCAUUGCUUUCCCUGAGUCUCACGCCCGCGGCCUGAUCCCGUUCUGCCAAGAAAACCCACUCCUUCGCAUUGAACGACGCGUUGACCUGUGGAGAACCAUUUUCCAGGCAGAAGAGAUGAAUAUGCUGGAAAAAUCUAGAGGCCGGGUGCGAGAAAAGGAUGGAAAGUUUUCAACUAACGGGCUUUGUGGCUCGUUAGCUGAUUGGCUCAUUGAAGCUGCUGAGCUACCCCAGGAUGGAAUGCCUCCCAAUUCUUUCUCCCUCGUCUUGGACGGUGAUCCAGCAACCGACCUAUGUGCUGAGAUUUUUCAAACACUCGUUCAUCCACAUGUCGCCUUCGGUAAAGUUUUUGAGGCGCUACGCUAUCAAGGUAUACAUCCAAUCACAUUUGAGUCGAACGACUUGCCGAAGCGCCGGUCCACUUUUACCAAGGAGCUACGCCAUCUUGUUAACCAAACCUCCAAUGUGCGAUGCAACUUCGAUCCCGGCCAAAGUUGCGAUUUUGGAAAAAUUCUCCUGGAGGGUUUUGGAUGGGACAAUGAUCAAUGGAGGAGAACCUACUACCAACGCAUGCCAUCUGAUUUCGACAUAACCCCGAUCCUCCCAAAGUGGCAUGACCUACUACUUGAGAAUUUCGACAGGAGGGAUAUGGAUCUUUCGAAGCUACGAAGAGCACGCCCCGGCGCGGAACUCAGCUCGUAGGAUGACUAUUAGUAUCAAACAGACGAUUAGUGUAAAUCCUAGAACUACUGCGAAGUGUUCAAGGAUCUCUAUUUCGGGUCACACCGAACCAAUUAGCGGCAUCAAUUUGCGUCUUCUAUAAGCAGUCCUGUUCGAGUUAGAUAUGAAUUAUGAGAUAAUGAUUGGAGACUCUCUUUGGGAAAUCUGGUAGUAUUAAUGAGAAGGAUUUGGGCAAAGAUACUAAAUUAACCCACAGGCCCACGUCCUUUUUUAUUACGAUAGAAAUGCCCGGGUUUUGUUUAAUCCCCAGAGUCCAUGCAAUUUUCC